AUGCUCUUGGUUGCAGAUGAAGAGUCCGAAACACCGUCGGGGCCAGCGCAGAACGUCCACACCCCGCAGGCCUCUGAUCCGCUCUGUGAGUCGGACGUGGAGGCCGUCGAAGAGGUGAUCUUCGUGUUUGACGGCAGUCCUGAAUGCGCAGAUGGGGAGGGAGAGCAGCUUGGGCUGGUGGUUACCGGGUGCUACUCGCUCAGGGCCCACGGCGCAGAGCGUGACGCGAGCAGUGACGGCGGAGAAGGGCAAGAGGACGACAAUGCCCUCGACGUCGACGAGCAGGAGGCCCCUGGUGCGGGAAAAGCGGCCGAGGACAAGAAGUAUGACACUGAAGGCCAAGAGAGGGCUCAUGAGCAGGAGCAAGACCAAACGAUUCGAUCCGGGAAAAGGCUUGUCCAGAGCGUCAAAGAUACAUUCAAGUGUCAGGAAUGCAGCAAGUGUUUUAGUCAUGAAAGUAACUUUUUUGCCCACGUCACGACCCACACGGGCGAGAAACCAUAUGAGUGUGACAUUUGUCUCAAGUGUUUCAGUCAGAAAGCUUAUCUUAAUUCUCACCUCAAAAUUCACACUGACGAGAAACCAUUUAAAUGUGACAUUUGUUUAAAGCGAUUUAGACUUAAACGUAACCUUAAUUCCCACGUCAAAACCCACACUGGCGGAAAACCAUUUAAAUGUGACGUUUGUUUGAAGCAUUUCAGUUAUAAAUGUCACCUUGAUUCCCACGUGAAAACCCACACCGGCGAGAAACCGCACGGAUGUCACGUUUGUGGAAAGCGGUUUCGCUGGAAAAAUGUCCUUGCAGCCCACUCCAGGACUCACACUGGCGAAAAACCAUUUGAAUGCGACGUUUGUCAGAAGAGGUUUAGAUUUAGAGAAGGCCAUUCUGCUCACGUCAAAACCCACACUGGCGAGAAACCGCAUGAAUGUCGCGAUUGUGGAAAGCGGUUUGGCUAUAAACAUGUCCUUGCAGCCCACUCUAGGACUCACACUGGCGAAAAACCAUUUUAAUGCGACGUUUGCCAGAAGAGGCUCAGAUUUAAAGAAUGCCAUUCUGCUCACGCCAGGACUCACACGGGCGAGAAACCAUUUGAAUGAGACGUUUGUAGGAGUCGUUUUUCUCACAUGGUGACCUUAUUCGUCACAUCAGGAUUCUUCUCAUCGAGAAACCGUAUGAAUAUGACGUUUGCAACGGGCGCUUCCGACAAAAAUCUCAUCUACGUUAUCACGUCAAAAUGCACUUUAAUGUCGAGGACUUGUAAACAUGUUAUCUCUGCAGGAACCCGUUACUUAAAAUUAAAUUGUGAUUAUCUGUGUUUCUGUCAAGUAAUCUUACAUUUUUACUCACUCGAAAAUCAAGCCAGGUGCAAUGCUUUGUACAGUUUUGUUUGUCACUUGGCUUAUGAUACGUCUUCUUAAAUAAAACAAUAUGAUUCCCACUCCAAUAAAUAAAACUGGGAAAAGUUGUAUUUCUCUGCAUUGCUUUUUACUCUAAAAGACAAUAAAUUGAGGAAAACAAAUGUUUUUUGUUUUGUUUUCUCUUCUCCCGGCCUUGUAGAUAGCGGGUGCUGCAUAGCACAAGGAGGCUUCGAGAUGUCGUGCACGUGCAUGGUGCUGGUGGUUUGCACCACUGCAUAUCAGCUCCCCCGAGGUUGGUCACGCGAUGCUCCUGUUCCAGGUAGAGCGUCUGGGACAGCGUCGGGGCCGCCCUCCGCAGCCGACUGGCUCGGUCUGCGAGUCGGAUGUGGAGGCCGUAGAAGAGAAGAUCUCCGUGUUUGACGCCAGUGCAGGAUGCGCGUCCGGGGGUGAGGUCGAUCAGCUCGGGCUCGUGGUGACCGGGUGCUACUCGCUUAGCGCCCGCCGCGCGGAAGGCGCCGCUACCAGUGAUAGCGAAGAAGGGCUAGAGGACGACGACGUCUCCCUGAAAAACGGGCAGGAGGCGCCCUGUGCGGAGGAAACGCCCGAGGGAAACUGUGAAUCUCGUGACAACGAAGAGCCUCACGACGCCGAGCAGCAGAAGCAGACAAUUGCAGUUCGAAAAAAAGUUGUUCAUUUCGGGAAAAAAACAUUCCAGUGUCAAGAAUGCAGAAAGAACUUCAAUCAUAAAAAUCACUUUGCUGCCCACGUCAGAACCCACACUGGCGAGAAACCUUUUGAGUGUGACAUUUGUUUGAAGCGUUUCAAUAGGAAAUAUCACCUUGAUACCCACGUCAGGACCCACACUGGCGAGAAACCAUUUGAGUGUGACAUUUGUUUGAAGCGUUUCAAUAGGAAAUAUCACUUUGAUGUCCACGUCAGGACCCACACUGGCGAGUAACCAAGUGAAUGUGAGGUUUGUGAGAGGGGUUUUCGCGUCAAGCAGGAUCUUGUUCGUCACACGAUGACUCACACUGACAAGGCGUAAGGUGACGUUUGAGAGGAGCGCUUCCGAAGGAACUCUAAUCUGCGUAGUCACUCGAAGACACACUCUCUUGUCGAGUGCUUAUAGAGGUUUAAUCACUACUAGAAGCUAAUUCUACCUAUUCUGCUUCUCUGUGAUUCUCGGCAUUUCUGUGAAGUAGGUUGUUUCCCUUUAACUAGUAUCCUCGGCCCCACCCAUGGCUUUCUACUGUUUUGAGUCUUAUAUAUUGCUGUGUUAUUAUAUUAACGUAAUUUUUCUAUUUUUGUUUUCAUGUUCUAUAUUUUAAGGUCUGCUUUUCGGGAGUCAAAAUUCGCAUCCCUGCUUCAAUAAACAAAACUGCUCAAA